AUGUGGGUAGGAGGGGUAAAGGUGAAUCAAAAUAACCAUAGCCGGAUUUCGUUGGGUUGUACGUAGUAUUUAGGAAAUAUUGGGUUGCUAAGAGAAUCCCCAACGAUUUCGACCAAAACGGUAGCGCGCGUCGAUUCCUCAACGACGCCGUUCUUAUCCCGAGAAUAGGGAGAGGUCGUCGAUAGCAAAGGGGGAGAGAGAGAGAGAGAGAGAGAGUUGCAGGAAGCUUGGGAAAGCCAUGGCGUCGAGGUUCACCAAGUGGCUCGUGGACCCAAAGAGGAACUGGUUCGCUAAACAACACAUGAAAGCCAUCUCCACGCGCCUCCGCAGAUACGGUCUGCGAUACGACGAUCUGUUCGAUCCGUAUUACGAUCUGGACAUUAAGGAGGCCUUGAAUCGUCUCCCUAGGGAAGUCAUAGACGCCAGGAACCAACGCCUCAAGCGAGCUAUGGAUCUCUCCAUGAAGCACGAGUACCUCCCUGAGGACGUCCAGGCAAUGCAGACACCAUUCAGGAGUUAUCUGCAAGAUAUGUUGGCCCUUGUGAAGAGGGAGAAUGCCGAACGUGAAGCUUUGGGAGCUUUGCCCCUUUAUCAGCGCACCAUUCCUUGAUCUUACUAAUGUUUCUAUCUACUGCAGCUACCUCGAGUUGAAGUAUAUGCCUUUGAUUGAAAGAAUAAGACGUGUUUCUGGUCGGUUAGAGUGCAACAGCUCUAUGUCAGUCUUUCUGACUCUAUUACCUCUAUUAGUGUUUUGUCACUGAAAUGCUGAAUGAGUACUAUAACUGCUUGUUUGCAAAUUGCUUUACCUGGAGUUAUGAUCCUAGACUGAUAUUUCUGUUGUGAUCGUCUGAUGGACAGCUUUAGCCGGUCUUCCCCAAUUUAUGUGAUAUCUGUCCAUGCGGGCGCGUUGCUGAGCA